AUGUCGUCUGCUUCGCAACGUCUCUCGGCCAUUGCCAGCCAAGUCUCUGGCGGCGGUGAUUCAAUCGCGAAAAAGCGUAUCCUGGAGAAGAAGCCAGACGAUGUGGUCAUCACAUUUGCUGCGCGAACACCGCUCACAAAGGCCAACAAAGGUGGCUUGAAAGACACACAGCUGGACGAGCUCUUGAUUUCUCUCCUAACAAGCGUCCGCGAACGGUCGAAGAUCGACCCAAACCUCGUCGAAGACGUCUGCGUCGGCAACUGUCUCAACCCAGCUGGCGCCUAUGUCGCUCGCUCGGCCGUGCUCGCGUCCGGCUUCCCAGCAACCGCAGCCGCCUCGACCGUGAACCGAUUCUGCUCGUCGGGCCUGCUGGCCGUGCAACAGAUUGCCAACCAGAUCAUCGCCGGGUCCAUUGACGUGGGCAUCGCCGUUGGCGCCGAGUCCAUGAGCACCAACUCGGACGGCGGCGCACCCAACUUCUCCGACAAAAUCUUGAACCACCCUCUCGCCUCGCAGAACCAGCAGCCCAUGGGCCAGACCUCGGAGAACGUAGCCGGCCAAUUCAGCAUCCCGCGCACUGCGCACGACGAGUUCGCUGCACGGAGCUACCAAAAGGCGGAACACGCGCAAAAGGCGGGCUGGUUCAACGACGAAAUCAUCCCCGUCAAGACAACCAUCAAAGACCCCAAGACCGGAGAAGUGAAAGAAAUCGUCGUGUCGAGCGACGACGGCAUUCGCUACGGUACAACGGCCGAGGGCUUGUCCAAGAUCCGCUCUGCGUUUCCGCAGUGGCAGCCGAGUCACACAACGGGCGGAAACGCCUCUCAAAUCACCGACGGCGCCGCUGCGCUUGUCUUGAUGAAGCGUUCUCGCGCACAGGAGCUUGGACAGCCGAUUGUCGCAAAGUAUGCUGGUUCUACAGUUGUCGGCCUGGAGCCGAGAAUUAUGGGCAUCGGUCCAAGUCUUGCUAUUCCCAAGAUCCUGAGCAAGACGGGGUUGACUGAGAACGACGUUGAUAUUUUUGAGAUCAAUGAAGCAUUUGCUUCUAUGGGAGUAUACUGUGUUCAAAAGCUUAAUCUUCCGCCUGCCAAGGUCAACCCUCGCGGUGGUGCCAUUGCUUUUGGACAUCCCCUCGGCGCCACCGGCGCUCGACAGGUCGUGACGGCUCUCUCUGAAUUGAGGAGAACAGACAAGCGGAUUGCCGUGACAUCGAUGUGUGUAGGGACUGGAAUGGGCAUGGCUGGCGUUUUUGUUUCUGAGCAUUAG